ACAAUCGGUAAUUCGCCUUUGACAUUGACAGCUGUGGCUGACAGUUUUUAAGGUUAUAGUUUACGUCUAGUGUGUUUAUUUGUGGAAUAAAUUGGUUUAAAAUAAUUAAUAAAGCAACUUUGGGGUGUCUGUGCGGUUUCUUGUCAUAUUUUCUUAAUAUUCCACCGGAUUAGGUGUCGACUGAUUCCCCUUUAAUCUUUUUUGAAGACAUUUUCAGGCAUUCAGCUAGAAUUAAUGGGGAAACAUGAGAAAUGGAGAAAGGUCGCUAAAAGAGCUAGAAGGAAACGCAUUAGACAGUCUCUAGCAAAAAUCAGACAUGAAAAAGAGGAGGAAGAACAAAGAAGACGAGAACAAUCGCCAACAUACCUCCAACUCCUCCAAAAAUAUGAAGAAGAGGAGGCGUUUCAGGAGGAAGAAGAGGCCCGGUUGAGGGCCGAAGCGGAGCAGCGCUGGUUGAAGAUCGAAGAAGAGGCCCAGAGACAGUGGCGGGAGUUGCAGAAGAAGCUUGAGGAAGCGCGUGAAGAAAGAAUCCGCCAAAACCUUCUUAUUAAACUCGAAUGGGAAAAGGAACAAAAACGUCUCAAAGAACUAAAAGAAGCCAAGGAGCGCGAACGCGAAGAAAACGAAAAAAGGCAACAACAACUUCGAGACGAGAUCGAAAACUUUAUCGCCAAUGGGGGCGACACCCCUGAGCACCUCAAAGUCAGCGUUGAAAUGAAUCCAAACAAACCAGUUUGUCCAUUUUUCCAAAAAACCUCGGCUUGUCGCUUCAGAGACUCGUGCUCUCGCAACCACAUCAAGCCGGGAGUUAGUCGGAUUUUGCUCAUUCCGAAUUUCUAUUCACACUAUAGUUUAGAACAGACCGAAAAUGAAUAUGAUGAUUCGUCGCUAGAGUUUGAAAAUCACGAGACGUAUUCGCACUUUAAGGACUUCUUUUUCGACGUUUUGCCCGAAAUGGAACGCUUUGGGCGAAUUCGGCAAUUUAAAGUUUGUUGUAAUCGCGAAUCGCAUUUACGGGGAAAUGUUUAUGUGGAGUAUAGCACGACUCGAGAGGCUGUUAAAAGCUUUCAAGUCUUUAACGGACGCUGGUAUGGGGGCAGACAGCUAAGCGUCGAGUUUUGCAAUAUUGAGUCUUGGAAGUCGGCGAUUUGUGGUUUGCAUAGUCGCAAAAAGUGUCCCAAAGGCAGUUCUUGCAAUUUUCUCCACGUGUUUCCUAAUCCACAAAACAUGUUUCAUUUGGCUGACAGAGAUGAGCAUAGGACACCGUCUAGGAGUAUUAGCAGAUCAGAGACAGAAGAAAGAAAUUGGAGGUGGUCCGAAUCGCCGGAAAGAUUAGAGUACACAACUAGUGAAAAAAGACGUGAAGAAAAACACACGAGAAAUGGCUGUAGUUCUAAAAGACGAUCUCAGGAAACUUCACAUAGUAGAAGUUCUAAAAGUAGAAAAAGGAGCAGAAGUAGAAAUAGACGAGAAAAUAAGAGUAACAGAAAAAAGUCCAAACACCAUUGACUGUAACAAGUUGUUUAGAAUAAACGUUUAACAUCUA